GGCAAAUGUACAUAUGUCUUGCAUAUUCAGAAAAUUCCCGUAUUUGUACACUUUGAAAACCCAAAACCAUGGUCUUGACCCCACAAGAAGUGGAUUGUAUCAUAAAGGAGCUGACAUCUCUAAAUGGCAACGACUGCACACUUGCAGAGGACCUUAUCGAGAGACUCAUUCAGGAUACGCGUGAAGUGUUAAUGUGCCAACCGAUGCUACUGAAAUUGGAGACUCCGGUGAAAAUCUGCGGCGAUAUCCAUGGUCAGUUUACGGAUCUCCUGCGCAUUUUCAAGGCAUGUGGGUUUCCCCCAAAGGCAAACUACUUAUUUCUCGGGGAUUACGUGGACAGGGGUAAACAAUCCCUGGAGACGAUCUGCCUGCUGUUCGCCUAUAAGGUCAAGUACCCAUUGAAUUUCUUCCUGCUCCGUGGAAAUCACGAGUGUGCCAGCAUCAAUAGGAUUUACGGAUUUUAUGAUGAGGUUAAGAGGAGGCAUACAGUGCGUUUAUGGCGGAGAUUCACGGAUUGUUUUGACUGGCUUCCGGUGGCCGCGGUUGUUGGAGAUCGCAUCUUCUGCUGCCAUGGAGGUCUAGGUCCAUCUCUCCGGAGACUGGAGCAAAUCUGUCUUCUCCGGCGACCUACGGAUGUUCCAGACGAGGGCAUCCUGUGCGACCUUCUUUGGGCUGAUCUCAAUCACACCACCGAGGGAUGGGGCCACAAUGAUCGGGGUGUCAGCUUCACCUUUGAUGAGGUAAUUGUGCAGAGUUUCCUGAAAGCCCAUGACCUGGACUUAAUGGUUCGUGCCCAUGAGGUCGUGGAGGAUGGCUAUGAGUUCUUUGCCAACCGUCAUCUGGUCACCAUCUUUUCAGCCCCGAACUACUGCGGUCUUAUGAACAAUGCCGGCGGAGUGAUGAGUGUGAGCCAAGAAUUGCUCUGUUCCUUUGUUAUUAUCCUACCGAGGCAUAAAUGCGAAGUUAACCAAGAAAAAGAGAAGUGAUGAUCUAAAAAAUGAGCAUUUUCAAUAUAUCUUGUGAUGGUUUUGAAGUU